UUAUACUUCCACAAUUUUGUAGGUUCGGACUCUUUGGAUUUGGCUAUUUUCGUAAUUGUCUUUUAUUUUUUCAAAAUUCAUUGAUUUCUCUUAAUUAUUCAGUGAUCAACUACUUUAAGAUGUCGUCGAUUACAUUGAAGGAUGUUGACCAGCACAAAUUUGUUGCAUCUUUUUCUGCAUUCUUGAAAAAAAGUGGUAAGUUGAAGCCCCCAGAAUGGGUUGACUUGGUGAAAAAUGGUAAAUUCAACGAAUUAGCUCCAUAUGAUGAAGAUUGGUAUUUCACUAGGUGUGCUGCCACUUUAAGACACAUAUACUUCAGGUCGCCUGUUGGUGUUGGAUCUCUUACCAAAAUUUUUGGAGCACGCAAACGUAAUGGAGUGAGACCAUCCCAUUUUUGUCGCAGUUCUUCUGGAAUUGCCCGUAAAGUUCUUCAAUCUUUAGAGCAAAUGAAACUCAUCGAGAAGGCUGAUAAUAAUAAUGGCCGUCGAUUGACUUCUCAGGGUAGGCGAGAUUUAGACCGAAUUGCUGCUCAGGUAAAACAAGCUAAAAAGAAGAAGCAAGCACAGUUGGCUGCAGAAUCUGCAGGAUUCUCAGUGCUUAUUCCAAAAACUGAUUAAAAAUUAAGUGUAUUUAUUUUUGUGUAAGAUUGGUACAUUGUUGAAAGUAAUAAAUACACU